AUGGCGUUGAGCUACUUCAACUCCAAUUGGGAAUUAGAUGUUGAUCCGCAGCUCCAAUCUGUCUUCAACCCCGACGACUACUUGGUGGACCCCAUCGACGCCUUCUGCAACUCUCUCCUCUCCGACGACUUACCUUUUGCCGAUGAUGGAAUUCCCUUCGACUUCGAUCAUCUCAACUCCAACUACUUCCAACACCAAUAUAACAAUCAGCCCUUUCCCCCUUUCCCCAAACGCCAAAAGCUCUGCCAUUCCCACCCAUUCUUCGCCCCCUUCCAAGAUUACUCCAUCCCGGAAUUUGUGCUUCCUCCGCCGCCAGCGUUUCCGGCGGCGGGUUUUACCAUGGGGAGCUGCGAGAGCGUGAGGAUGAAAGAGGAGAGCUUGUCCGCACAGAGCGCCGCGGCGAGGCAGAGACGGCGGAGGAUCACGGCGAAGACGCAGGAGCUCGGGAAGCUGGUUCCCGGCGGCCAGAAGAUGAACACGGCGGAGAUGCUGCAGUCCGCCUACAAAUACAUCAAAUUCUUGCAUGCCCAAGUUGGACUACUCGAAUUCCUCAAGGUCAACGAUGAAGAAGCAUCACUUGAAGGUGAAGAAGACUUGUUCCGGAAUCUUCUAGAAUCUUCAUUGAUUCAAGAGAAGUUAUACUCCACUGAGCAUUGCUUGAUUCCACGGAAGCUGUUGGAAAAACAUCCAAUCGACAUUUGCUGGAAAAGCGAUCAUUGA